AUGGGAAAUCGAGGAGGAACCUUCCACCUUCUGCUCGUGUGCCUGAGCCCAGCGCUGCUGUCCGCUGUGCGGAUCAACGGGGAUGGCCAGGAGAUCCUGUACCUGGCAGAAGGUGACAAUGUGAGGCUGGGCUGCCCCUACAUCCUGGACCCUGAGGACUAUGGUCCCAAUGGACUGGACAUUGAGUGGAUGCAGCUCAACUCGGACCCCUCACAUAGGGAGAAUGUGUUCCUAAGCUAUCAGGACAAGAGGAUCAACCACGGCAACCUGCCCCAUCUGCAGCAGAGGGUCCGCUUUGCAGCCUCAGACCCCAGCCAGUACGAUGCCUCCAUCAACCUCAUGAACCUGCAGGUAUCCGACACGGCCACUUACGAGUGUCGGGUGAAGAAGACCACCAUGGCCUCCCGGAAGGUCAUCGUCACUGUACAAGCUCGGCCUGCAGUGCCCAUGUGCUGGACCGAGGGCCACAUGGCAAAAGGCAAUGAUGUGGUCCUGAAAUGCUUUGCCAAUGGGGGCACCCAACCUCUUUCCUACAAAUGGGCCAAGAUCAGCGGGCACACCCAGCCCUACCGAGCCGGCUCCUACCACUCCCAGCACAGCUUCCACCCUGACCUUUCCUACCAGGAAUCCUUCCACGGCUCCAUGAAUCAAGGCAUGAACAAUGGCGACCUGGUGUUGAAAAGCAUCUCCAGUGAGGAUGAUGGGCUGUAUCAGUGCACCGUGGCCAACCACGUGGGCUACAGCGUGUGCGUGGUGGAAGUGAAGGUCUCAGACUCGAAGCGCGUCGGCAUGAUCAUCGGCGCUGUGCUGGGCUCCCUGCUCAUGCUGGCCUGCCUGAUGAUGGGCAUCUGGGGGCUCAUCUGCUGCUGCUGCGGGGGCGGCCCCGGGGCUGGCGGCGCCCGCGGAGCCUUCGGCUACGGCAACGGCGUGAGGCAGUGCAGGUGGGGACGCGGGGCCAGGUUUCCAGAACCCGCUCUGCCCAGGCCGUGCCACGCGCGCCGCGGGAGCCCGCUCACCCGCGCCUGUUGUUUCCACAGAGAGGACGCCGUGGCGCCCGGGUGUAAGGCCAGCGGGCGCGGCAGCCGCGUCACCCAACUCCUGGGGUACCCGACGCAGAACGUCCGCCGCUCCCUGCGCCGCCAGUACGCGCCCCCGCCCUGUGCGGGCCCCGAGGACUUGGCGCUGGCGCCCCGCAACGCCGCCUGCGAAGCGGGCCCCGCCCCGGUCUACGUCAAGGUCCAGAGUGCCGAGCCCGACAGCGCCCAGGCGCCGCUGCCCCACAAGGACGGGCUCCUGGUGUGAGCGCCUCUGAGCCCCGGCCUGGGACACGCGCCCCGGCUGGGGACGCGCGCGCGCCGCUGGGACUUGCGCGCUGACUGGGACACUCGCUCGGGUGGGGACGCGCGCGCCGGCGGGGGCUGGAGGCAGCACCCUUGGGAACCGAGAGGGCGAGGAGAGAGACCCUCCCCGAAGUGGGAGGGGGCGGGAGGGCGAAGGAAGGCCGCGAGCGCCCUCUCCGCGCCCCGCCGGAGGCUCCGGGAGAGGGAUAGAAGAAUAUUCGAGAGCACUAGGCUCCGGCCAGGCCGGGUGGCGGGGUCUGGACUGAAUUGUUUUGUGUGUGAGAUUCGAGCUUCGAGGCGGCAGCGUUUAGCACAAUAAAGAGACUGU